GAUGACAAUGAUGAUUGUGACAACAGAGUAAAAGUAGUCCAUUGAUGUGAUGAGUCGGAAUUAUGUUAUCAUUGCCAUGCUGCAUAACCAAAGUGGAGACUUGCAAUCUCUUCUUCCUCCUCUCCUCGUACCAAUUGUGUUGAUGGCUCCACGACUCCACAUCUUCUUCUUCCCUCUCAUGGCCGCAGGCCACAUCAUCCCCAUGGUGGACAUCGCCAGGCUCUUCGUCGGUCGCGGCGUCAAGGCCACUUUGCUUGCGCCCGCUCCUAAACCGCCCCUGCUCGAUCACUGCGUCGAGAAGGCUCGCGACCUCGGCCAACAUAUUGACCUCCUCCUGCUUCCUCUCCCACCAUCUCCCACUGGCUCGCCGGAGCGCCCGACCUUCCUCACCUCCCCGGCAAUGUCGCUCGAGUUCUUCAGAGCCCUGGAGCAUCUCCGCGAACCGCUCGAACGAGCUCUCAGAGAACACCGGCCGAACUGCAUCAUCUCCGACAUGUUCUUGCCGUGGACAGCUGACGCCGCUCGCCGGCUCGGCAUACCGAGGCUCGUCUUCCACGGCAUGGGCUUCUUUCCUCUCUGUGUGCUGGAUAGCUUGGAUCGACACCUGACCGGGAGCAACACGAGGUUCGGUGACAGCGAUGUCGUGGUGGUGCCCGGCCUCCCGCAUCCAGUGUCGAUGAAGAGAUCGCAGCUGCAUGACUCGGUCGAAACGAGGAAUGAUUUCAGCGCGUUCAUGGAGAGGAUCACGGAGUCUGAGAUUGGAAGCCACGGGGCGGUGGUCAAUAGCUUCUUCGAGAUGGAAGCCGACUACGUUGACCACUACCGGGACGUGAUGGGAAGGCGUGGCACAUCGGACCAGUGUCUCUGUGGAACAGAGACGCCGACGAACUCGCGGAGAGAGGAGGAGCAUCGGACAACUACAGAAGCAUUCUCACUUGGUUGGAUUCGAAGCCUUCCAAUUCGGUGGUUUACGUCUGUUUCGGGAGCCUGUGCCACCUGACGGCGGCUCAGCUGCAUCAGCUGGGAUUUGGAUUGGAGGCCUCCAGCCAUGGCUUCAUCUGGGCGAUCAACGGCGCCGAGCAACACCUCGGAGGAAGGCAGGAGAAGGUCGAAGAACGAGGGAAGGGAUUGAUGGUACGAGGAUGGGGGCCGCAGCGGCCGAUACUGAACCACCGGGCGGUGGGGGCGUUCAUUACGCACUGCGGGUGGAACUCGGUGGUGGAGGCCGUGAGCGCCGGCGUGCCGAUGAUCACCUGGCCCAUGUUCGCGGAGCAGUUCUACAACGAGAAGCUGGUCGUCCAGGUGCUGCGGGUCGGGGUGAGCGUCGG